AUGACAAAUUAUUAUUCCAACAUAAAUAAUGCUUAUAAUAUAAAUAAUAUAUUACCCGUAUCACAUUCAUAAUAUGUGAGUAAUAAUAAUUCUUUUAACUCUUUUAUAUAAAUAACUUAAAAAUAUCCAUAAUCGUAGUUAUUAUUUUAGAAAAAAAAUAAUCAGGCUGAGAUAUUUAAUUAUGAUAAUUAAGUGCCUAGCUUUUAUUUAAAUUCUCCCAAUUAUAAACAAAAUAUUAAUAGAUAAAUAAACUUUUAUAGUCCAACAUCAAUCGAUCGUAGUUUUAUUUCGUUUGUUAGUAAUAAUUUAAAAGAAAAAUAAUAAGUUACUUAAUCUGUAUAGAAGCAGCAUAUUCAAGAAGACCAAUAAGAUUUAGAAAGUUAAGAUUCCAAAGAUUAUUUUUAUGAUAAUUAUUUAAGUCUACCAUAGAUAGGUAUCUAUAAACGAUUUAAUAUGAAAAAAAGAAAAUAAAAAUCUUAGGCAUAAUAAUAAAAAUAAUAUACUGAUUAAAAUACUAUUUUUAUGGUUGAAAAUUUAUAAUAAUUAGCUAAAUAUGAAAAAUUAAUAGAAUAAUCAAAAAUUAACUUUUAACAAAGUAUAGGAUAAACAGAUACAUUAUUCGAUAUUAUAUAACAAGGAAAAUAAAAAUAAUCUAUUUCUUUAUAUGAAUUCAUGAAUCUAGCUCAUAAUUUUAAUAUUAACAUGACAUAAGUACAAGUAGAAAAUAUAUUUAUGAGAAUAUUAAAUAAUAAAUAUUAAUAAAUAAAGUAUUUUAUUAAAAAAAUGUUCAUUUAUAUUAUUAAAAAUUAAAUUUUAAAGAAAAACUGA